UCUGUGUUUCUAAUCAUGUUUUCUCACAAGACUUUCAGAAUCAAGCAGUUUCUGGCCAAGAAACAAAAGCAAAAUAGCCCCAUUCCCCAGUGUAUUUGGAUGAAAACUGGUAACAAAAUCAGGUACAACUCCAAGAGAAGACGCUGGAGGAGAACCAAGCUGGGUCUGUAAGGAAUUGCACCAGAUGCCCACAUAUUUAUGCUCUUCCAUGAACCAGUCAAGCCAGAACAUCAAUACUGCCUGGACUGACAGUUGGGCAUUUUAAACUGA